AUGUCGAGGCGCAAGCAGGCGAAGCCCCAGCACAUCAACUCGGAGGAGGGCCAGGGCGAGCAGCCGCUGCAGCAACCGAGCCCUGGCCUCGCAGAGGCGCCGGCGGCGGAGGAACCGGGUGAGUGCGGUGUUCCAGUGAAUUCCUCAGGGAACGGAGAUGAGGCCUCGGAGGACCCCGCCCCCGCCCCGGUGAAGCGGUCCCGACGGGAGGACACUCACAUCUGUAACAAGUGCUGUGCAGAGUUCUUCAGUCUCUCUGAGUUCAUGGAACACAAGAAAAGCUGCACUAAGAACCCUCCUGUCCUCAUCAUGAAUGACAGCGAGGGGGCGGUGCCUCCAGAGGACUUUUCCAGAGCUGUCCUGGGCAGCCCAAGCAAUAAAGAUGGUCUCCAGGAGAACGGCGGCAGCAGCUCGGGGGACUUGAAGGAGAACCUAGGCACGGACUCCAUCCUGUACUUGAAGACAGAGGCGACCCAGCCACCCACACCCCAGGACAUAAGCUAUUUGCCCAAAGGCAAAGUAGCCAACACCAAUGUGACUCUGCAGGCGCUCCGUGGCACCAAGGUGGCAGUGAACCAGCGGAGCACGGAUGUCCCCGCGGCCCCUGUGCCUGCCGCCCUCAGCAUCCCUUGGAUCCUGGAGCAGAUCCUGUGCCUGCAGCAGCAGCAGCUCCAGCAGAUCCAGCUAACUGAACAGAUCAGAGUCCAGGUGAACAUGUGGGCCGCGCAUGCCCUCCACUCUGGCGUGGCGGGCGCCGACACUCUGAAGGCCUUAAGCAACCAUGUGUCUCAGCAGGUCUCUGUCUCCCAGCAGGUGUCUGCCGCUGUGGCCCUGCUCAGCCAGAAAGCCUCCAACCCGACUCUGUCUCUAGAUGCCUUGAAACAAGCCAAGCUACCUCAUGCCGCCGUCCCCUCCACGGCCAGCUCAUUGUCCUCGGGGUUCACACCCUUCGCCUUGAAGCCAGAUGGGACUCGAGUUCUCCCCAACUUCAUGUCCCGCCUCCCGAAUGCCCUGCUACCUCAGACCCCGGGCUCUGUGCUCCUGCAGAAUCCCUUCUCUACUGUGACACUGGACCAGUCCAAGAAAGGAAAGGGGAAACCCCAAAACCUCUCCGCCUCCACGUUAGAUGCCAAGACCAAGGACGAGGUUGUCCUCGGUAAGCACAAGUGUAGGUACUGUAGCAAGGUUUUCGGGACCGAUAGCUCCCUUCAGAUUCAUCUUCGCUCCCACACCGGAGAGAGACCUUACGUGUGCCCUGUCUGUGGUCACCGCUUCACCACCAAGGGCAACCUCAAGGUCCACUUCCAUCGACACCCUCAGGUGAAGGCGAACCCCCAGCUGUUUGCCACCGAAUUCCAGGACAAAGGGGCAUCAAGCACCAGUCCUCACUAUGCACUCCCUGUCCCCAUCCCUGUAGACGAGUCAAGUCUCUCUGUAGACACUGAGCCUGUCCCGGUCACGGGAACCCCUUCCAUAGGGCUACCUCAGAAGCUCACUUCAGGGCCUAACCCCAAGGACCUCACGGGCGGCUCCUUGCCCAACGACAUACAGCCAGGGCCUUCUCCAGAAAGCGAGGUGGGCCUUCCACUCCUCGGGGCAGGGAUGAUGCGUAAUCCCCCAAGGGCUGGGGGCUUCCAGGGCACUGGGGCCCCAGAGUCAGGGUCAGAGACCCUGAAGUUACAGCAGCUAGUGGAGAACAUAGACAAGGCCACCACCGACCCCAACGAGUGUCUCAUUUGUCAUCGGGUCCUCAGCUGUCAGAGUUCCCUCAAGAUGCAUUACCGUACCCACACAGGAGAGAGACCAUUCCAAUGCAAGAUCUGUGGCCGCGCCUUCUCCACCAAAGGCAACCUGAAGACACAUCUUGGGGUUCACCGAACAAACAUGGCCGUAAAGACCCAGCAUUCGUGCCCCAUCUGCCAGAAGAAGUUCACCAACGCCGUCAUGUUACAGCAGCAUAUCCGGAUGCACAUGGGUGGCCAGAUCCCCAACACGCCUCUGCCCGAGAGUCCCUGCGACUUCACAGCUCCCGAGCCCAUGGCCGUCAGUGAGAACGGCGGCGGCGGCAGCAGCAGUGUCUGCCAGGAAGACGCGGUAGAAGGGAUGGAAGCGGAGGAGGCUUGUAUCCAGGAUGUUCCCGGUGGCCCGUCGACGGUCUCCGCGCCGCUCCCCGGAACCCAUCUGACGUCGCCCUCCCUGGGCUUUCCUGUGAUGGCUCCCCUGGAUGCUCAGGGGAAAGGGGCUCUUCCCGCUCUGGCCUUGCAACGGCAGAGCAGUCGAGAAAGCGGCUCUCUGGAGGCCGGUGACAGUUGCCUGACCAAUGACUCUUCCUCGCUCAUGGGUGACCAGGAGUGUCCGAGCCGGAGCCCUGAUGCCACGGAGACCAUGUGCUACCAGGCAGUGUCCCCCGCCAAUAGCCAAGCUGGAAGUGUCAAGUCCCGGUCUCCCGACGGUCACAAGGCCGAGGGUGUCGAGAGCUGCCGCGUGGACACCGAAGGCCGUACCAGCCUCCCCUCGACAUUUAUCCGAGCACAGCCCGCCUUUGUCAAAGUUGAAGUACCUGGCUCCUUUGUGGGACCCCCCACUGUGCCCUCAGGCAUGACGCCUCUGCUAGCUUCCCAGCAGCCGCCGCGCCGCCAGGCCAAGCAACACUCUUGCACCCGGUGUGGGAAGAACUUCUCGUCCGCCAGUGCCCUGCAGAUCCACGAGCGAACGCACACGGGAGAAAAGCCUUUCGUGUGUAACAUAUGUGCUCGGGCCUUCACCACAAAAGGCAACCUGAAGGUACACUACAUGACUCAUGGGACCAACAAUAACUCCGCCCGCCGCGGCAGGAAGCUGGCCAUAGAGAACACCAUGGCCGCGCUGGGUGCUGAGGGAAAGAGAGCACCUGAGGUGUUUCCCAAGGAGCUCCUGUCCCCCACGGUGAGUGUGGACCCUGCCACGUGGAACCAGUACGCCAGCGUCCUCAAUGGGGGUCUGGCCAUGAAGACCAAUGAGAUCUCUGUGAUCCAGGGUGGAGGGAUCCCCACCCUGCCUGUGUCUCUGGGGGCCAGCUCCGUGGUGAGCAACCCCACGCUUUCUAAGCUGGAUGGCUCCCAGACCGGCGGGAGCGGGGCCAUGAGUGGGGCCAUGAGCGGGAACCUGGAAAAGCCUGGCGUUCCCGAUGGGGUGACCAAACACCAGUUUCCUCAUUUUCUGGAGGAAAAUAAGAUCGCAGUCAGCUAA